CAUUGCGCAGCUCUUCCUCUCAGAGGCUCUGGGGGUUCGGGCGGCCGAACUGGGUCCAGGCUGCGUCCGUGAGUGAGCGCAGAAAGCGCAGCGGGUCCUCCGCUGACACCAUCGGGUUGUUGCUGCGCAUUAAUGAGCGGCUGUGCGGCGAAUAAUGCGCGGAGACGCCGGAGACGAGCGCAGAUCCUCUCCGGCUGGGAAACUUGUUGGUCGGUUGUUUUGAUCUGAGAAGAGAUGCAUCUGUUUCGGAGUCACAAUUACCAAGUGUUCCCGCACCGCCACGCAGUGCAGACGCCGACCGUGCGGGGCAUCAGCUGGACUCCGCUGCCAGAGGCUCUGAACUCCAAGGACACCAUGAAGCAGUUUCUUUCAGACCGGGUCAUAAAAGCUGCAAGAUCCGUGUACAGCAUCAUGACUGAGAGGAACCCUGACCUCAUCCGAGAUAGGAAGCAUCACCUGAAAACACACAGACAGUGCUGCUCAGGAAAGGAGCUUGUUGACUGGCUGAUGAAGCAGAACGAAUGCCUCCAGUCGAGGAGCCAGGCGGUUGGGAUGUGGCAGGUCCUGGUUGAUGAGGGAGUUCUUGUUCAUGUGAAGCAGGAGUUAAACUUCCAUGACAAGGACGCCCAGUUCUACCGCUUUCAGGACUCCGAGUUCGGCUUGAACCACACGAGCAACGAGAAGGACUCGGAGGAUGAGCUGCAUGAAGCUCUGUCCCUCCUGAGUCAGCUGGGCCCAGACGCUCUGCUCACCAUGAUUCUGCGCAAAUGCCCUAGUCAGAGGAGCCCUGAGGACAUCGAGGUCAUCUAUGAGGAGCUGCUCCACGUGAAGGCUGCUGCUCAUCUCUCCUCCUCGGUGCGUAAGGAGCUGGCUGCAGUGCUGGUCUUUGAAUCCCACAGCAAGGCUGGAACAGUGUUGUUCAGUCAGGGGGAUAAAGGGACCUCCUGGUAUAUCAUCUGGAAAGGCUCUGUUAAUGUGAUCACUCAUGGGAAGGGUCUUGUGACCACUCUGCAUGAGGGUGAGGACUUUGGGCAGCUAGCGUUGCUAAAUGAUGCUCCUCGUGCCGCCACCAUCAUCUUAAGAGAGGACAAUUGCCAUUUCCUUCGUGUUGAUAAACAGGAUUUCAUCCGAAUCCUCAAGGAUGUGGAGGCCAACACGGUGCGACUGGAGGAGCAUGGGAAGACCGUACUGGUGUUGGAGAAGAGUGCUGACUCAGCUGAGCAGGGAGGAGCUGGAGCCAGCAGCAAAUACACAGUUAUGUCGGGAUCGCCUGAGAAGAUUCUGGAGCAUCUGCUGGAAACAGUGAAGCUGGAUUCAAAUGGAAAUGAUCCCACAGCAGAUCCCUGCGUGAGUGACUUCCUCCUGACCCACAGGGUCUUCAUGCCCUCCAGCCAGCUGUGUGCAGCGUUACUGCAUCACUACCAGGCUGAGCUCUCAGAGGGCUCCGAGCAGGAGAAGGAUGCUUAUGCGUUCAACUCCAAGCAGAAGGUAGUGAAGCUAGUCGGCCAGUGGGUGGCGCUGUACAGCCAUCUGUUGAAAGAAGAUCCCGCUGCUCUGGACUUUUUGGAGAGGAUGAAGAAGGAGGUGGCAGCUGAUUACCGCUUGUCCUCCAUUCUGAAGGAGCAAUUUAGAGAAAGACGAAGAGCAAAAAUGCUGGAGAACGGGUAUCAGUCACUGAGCAGGAAUCAGCCGUUCGAUUGGUUUUCUCUUUGUGAGGAGUGCGUUGGGAGGAUUCUUCCAAUCAAAGCCCAGGAUAAAGUGCUGUAUGAGGUCUACAGGCCCGACAACAAGCCCCUAUCUCUGAUGCUCCCUGUGAACUCAUCUGUCCAGGAUGUGAUGUCGGCUUUAGUCAAACCAGUUGGAGAUCACGUCCUGGUCAAAAUGAACUCCGCUGGAGAAAGAGCUCAGUUAAAGCUGGAUGCCUGUGGGGUCUACACCGCUCUGGGUCUCAAUGAAAGACUGUUCAUUUGCACGAGCAGCGAAGUGGAGCAGCUGAGACCCCUGAGGGAUCAGCAGGGCCCAGAGCGAGGAACAGCCGACCUCAUUGAGCAGAUGAGCUCCAAAGACCUUGCCAUUGAACUCACCAACUAUGACUGGGAACUGUUCAAUGCCAUGCACGAGGUGGAGCUGAUCUACUACAUCUUUGGCCGCCACAAGUUCCCUGGAGCCAUCACAGCCAAUUUAGAGCGGUUUGUGCGUCACUUUAACGAAGUUCAGCACUGGGUGGUGACAGAGCUGUGCCUUUGUGAGGACCUGGUGAAACGGGCUGUUCUGCUCAAGAAGUUCAUCAAGAUCGCUUCAGUGUUGAAGGAGCAGAAGAAUCUUAAUUUAUUUUUUGCUGUCAUGUUUGGAUUGAGCAACAGUGCAGUGCAGCGGCUUUACAAGACCUGGGAGAGAAUACCAAGCAAGACUAAAAGGAUCUACUGCACUUAUGAGAGACUGAUGGAUCCUUCUCGAAACCACAGGGCCUACAGACUGGCUGUAGCUAAACUCAGUCCUCCGUACACCCCCUUCAUGCCUCUGCUGCUGAAAGACAUGACCUUCAUCCAUGAGGGAAACCCAAACUACACAGACAAGCUGGUCAACUUUGAGAAAAUGAGGAUGCUUGCCAAGACUGUGAAAAUUGUACGAGGAUGCAGAAGCCAACCUUAUGUGCCUUCUUCUCCACAGAGAGGCCUGGCUGAUCGCAUAUUUCUGGAGGGUCCUACCCGCCUGUCCACAAACUCAGAACACGCCUUCCCUCUGCGCACUCCCAGCAACGUCCGCCACUACAUCCAAAAUCUGAAGGUGAUCGACAACCAGCGAAAGCUAACGCAGCUUUCAAGAAAAAUGGAAUGCUGAGAUGUCUGCCUUCAGAAUCAGAAAGACUGAAAAACUUCAUUCUGAAGCGGAGAACAAGCUAGCAGGACGAAGUGAACCUUAACACUUGCCUGAGAGAGAUGGGUCUCAGGUGACAUGACGGAGACCUGCUGUAAUUCACGGGUCGUGGACAUUUAUAGCGAGGGUUUCAGCUCUGAGAGUAAAAAUGUGCAGCUUGACUAGUUAAGACCAUUGGGACACUUUUAUCCAAUGUAACAAUAUGUACAAAGUAUUGCUCUUGCUGGUGUUUUUUUUAUAUGGACACGUGCAACACAUAUGUGCCACAAAUUUAUAUAUUUUUUAGCUUUUUGCACACCAGAGUUUUCACUUUUAAAGUAAUAUAUUGUAUGCUAAGGUUGGCAUCACUAACUGACAUGCACAUAAUUUCAUACUGUGUUUUCUAAAUAAAUUAUUUUCACAUUCAA